UCAAUCCCAAACGUUAAUUUCUCUCAAUUUCUCUCUCUUCCUCGUGCGAGUUUCAGAGCAGAGCAGCCAUGGUGUCCAAAGCGAGCGACUCUGCCACCAAACUCAGAAAAUCAAGUGGUGAACAGUCAAGUGAAGCUCUUGGAUCCUUGCCUUCUAAGAUAAAUCAGCUAAAGAAGAAAAUUGAAGAGGACCGAAUUGAUUCAAUUAAAGAAAAAAUUGAGAAGAAUCGAAGGAAGCUAGAAAGUCAUGUUGCUCAGAUUGUAUUAGCAACAUCAAGAAAAGAUGUUUCACUUUUGGAGAAUGGGGUUGAUAAAAUGCUUUCUUCAAGAACCGAACGCCCUCUCUAUAUGUUUAAUGGAUUUGCACAUGGAGUGGGAGAUAAGGACUAUAUUAACGGUCAUGAAGUGGUAUUAUCAACAAAUACCAAGCUUCCAUAUGUUGAGAAGUUACCACCUUAUACAACUUGGAUAUUUUUGGACAGAAAUCAGAGAAUGGCUGAAGACCAGUCAGUGGUUGGGAGAAGACGUAUCUACUAUGAUCAACAUGGUGGCGAAGCACUGGUUUGUAGUGACAGUGAGGAUGACACUCAAGAACCUGAGGAAGAGAAGCAUGAAUUUUGUGAGGGUGAAGAUCGUAUUCUGAUGAUGGCUUUGAAGGAGCAUGGGCAAGGUGAGGAAGUAGUGAACAUUGUGAGCCAGUUUAUUGGAGGCACCACUUUGGAAAUCCAGGAACGGUUUGACACACUCAAGAAGUAUCAAGAGAAACAUGACCAAAACUCCAAAGACUUUGGGGAAUCUGAUAGGGCCAUGUGUUUGGACAAGAGCCUUAAUGCUGCUUUAGAUUCUUUUGAUAACCUUUUCUGUCGUCGCUGUAUGCUAUUUGACUGCAGGCUGCAUGGCUGUUCUCAACCUUUAAUCUAUCCUAGUGAAAAACAGUCAUGCUGGUCUGAACAUGAAGAAGACAGGACACCUUGCAGUGCUCAGUGUUACCUUCAGUUUAGAGCUAUCAAAGACUUGCCAGAAGGUUCGGCUAUUAAUGCAUUGCAGAGGACUGAAAGUACAACUUCAGAACUGAGGGUUGGGACUCCUGUGUCCUCAAAUGCUGAAGAAACAGGUGCUCGUGAUGGCACAAAAAUUAUUCAGGAUGAAAGAUGUACUUCUGAAAAAGUAAUGUGUGUUACUGCUGAAGCUGUUUGUAGUUCAGAAGCUGCUGCUUUGAUUUCAGAUACGUCUGUCACAGCAAUAGACAACCAGAGUGUGGGAAAGCGCAAGGUCAUGAAGCAUACAGACACCGCACUACAUGACUCAACAUUGGUUUCUGAUGAUUUCCAGGGUUCCAAUAAGAAACAGAAGAAAUUAUCAGCUUUGGAUGUAGUAAUUGCAACUAGUGAAGUUACUCCAGCUCUGGAUCACACUUCAAGCGAACAAAGUGAAAGUCAAACAACCCCCAAUAACUCUCUAAAAGAACCUGGUGAACAUAAUUCAAUCAAAUUUGUUACUUCUGGUGGUGCUUCCUUUGAUAGGUCAGAGGACAUUGUCAGAGAUGAACCAAAAGACACCAGAAAAGCUCCUCAACUAGAAUAUUCAUCCGAUUCCAUUGUGAGAAGCGCUGAAGGAUUAGGUGGCUCUGAGUGGAAACCUAUUGAGAAAGAACUGUAUUUAAAGGGUAUAGAUAUGUUUGGGAGAAACAGUUGCCUCAUAGCCAGAAACUUACUUUCUGGCUUAAAAACUUGCAUAGAGGUAUCCAAAUAUAUGCAUGAUUGGGGAGCUUCAAUGCCUCACGGAUCCAUCACUGCACCAAGUUCAUUUAUGGAAGACAACACGAAAGCUGAUAUGGAAUAUACUGACCCAGAUAUUCCAGCAAGGUCACGGCUGCUUCGUAGAAGGGGCAAGACACGGAAGCUUAAAUAUUCUUGGAAAUCUGCUGGCCACCCAUCAAUUUGGAAAAGAAUUGCCGAUGGAAAAAACCAAUCUUGUAAGCAAUAUACCCCGUGUGGAUGCCAGUCUAUGUGUGGAAAGCAAUGCUCUUGUCUACAUAAUGGAACUUGCUGUGAAAAAUAUUGUGGGUGCUCAAAGAGCUGCAAAAAUCGGUUCAGGGGAUGUCACUGUGCAAAGAGUCAGUGCAGAAGUCGGCAAUGCCCAUGCUUUGCUGCUGGACGCGAAUGUGACCCAGAUGUUUGCCGAAAUUGCUGGGUUAGUUGUGGAGAUGGUUCAUUAGGUGAGCCAGCCAAGCGAGGAGAUGGCCAAUGUGGAAAUAUGAGGCUCCUUCUAAGGCAACAGCAAAGAAUACUCUUGGCAAAGUCUGAUGUUGCUGGAUGGGGUGCAUUUUUGAAGAAUGCUGUGAACAAAAAUGAUUAUCUUGGAGAGUAUACUGGUGAAUUGAUCUCCCAUAGAGAAGCAGAUAAGCGGGGGAAAAUCUAUGAUCGUGCAAAUUCAUCAUUUCUUUUCGACUUAAAUGAUCAAUUUGUCCUUGAUGCUUACCGCAAAGGAGACAAGCUGAAAUUUGCAAACCAUUCAUCAAACCCUAAUUGCUAUGCAAAGGUAAUGUUGGUCGCGGGAGAUCAUCGAGUAGGCAUUUUUGCGAAGGAGCAUAUUGAAGCUAGUGAGGAGCUCUUCUAUGAUUAUCGUUAUGGGCCAGACCAAGCACCUGCAUGGGCUCGUAAGCCGGAGGGCUCCAAGAGGGAUGAAUCAUCAGUUUCUCAAGGCAGAGCAAAGAAAUACCAAUCUCAUUAGCCAUUGGCCUGGAUCAGGAUGUACAUAUCACUGGUCAUCUUUCUGGUUACCAGUCAAAGGUCUCUUUAUAUCUGUGACACUUACCAAGAAAAGAGAAUCUCUGCAUGAGGAGGCUCCAAGAAAUUAUGCAAGCAUUUAUACAUAUUAAUGUGCUCUAGAAUUAGACACGACAUAGGUCGGGCAAUAAGAUUUCAUAGGAAUAAGGAUAAAUUGUUAUUGUGCGGGUAAUAAGCUAAAGUUGAUCUAGCAGUUUAAGCAUUACACGCAAUAGGUAGAGUUUGACAAUUCUAUUGGAGGUCUAUUUUAUUGUUAAUUUAAUAUUCAAGAUCAUCAUCAUAUAAAGUUGAUUAUAGAUUAUGCAGUUUACCAUA